AUGGCUUAUGAUGGAACAAGUCCGGCUGAUGACGGAGCAUGUCCGGCUGAUGAUGGAACAGGUCCGGCUGAUGAUGGAGCAGGUCCGGCUGAUGAUGGAACAGGUCCGGCUGAUGAUGGAGCAGUCCGACUGAUGAUGGAACACGGCCCGGCUGAUGAUGGAGCAGGUCCGGCUGAUGAUGGAGCAGGCCCGGCUGACGAUGGAGCAGGUCCGACUGACGAUGGAACAGACCAAGCUGAUGAUAGAACAGGUCCGGCUGAUGAUGGAACAGGUCCGGCUGAUGAUGGGACAGGUCCGGCUGAUGAUGAACAGGUCCGGCUGAUGAUGGGACAGGUCCGGCUGAUGAUGAACAGGUCCGGCUGA